AUUUAGUUUACAAAUUGAUUGUAUGUAAAAAAAAGAAAACAUGAUUAAUAGGCUAGAUCAAGGAAAAGGGAAAAAAAACCUGAGGGAUAGCUUGUAAAGAGGAUAAUCCCACAUUUACAUUUAAAAAGAACAGAGUGGCUGCAUCUAUGCCCAUCAUAUCUCAUGCUGUAGUGCAAUAAGAUGGGUACAAUUAGUUUUUAAGGUUAGGGACAAGCCAAUUCAAACAAUCAGUGCUUUUAGAUCUGCAUAGAUUGGCGUAGAUAUGGCCUAUACUUAUUUAUAUAUAUAGUUGAAGGUGUUAAUACAGGUGGCGCAUUAAAUAUUGUUUGCCUUCAGAUACAACAACUAAAUGCUUAUUGUUGUGUUUUCAAUUACUUACAAUUGCAGUUAUGUGGACAAACUGUAAAUAUACUGCAAAUAUUGUUAGGCUAGUCAAAGAGGUGGUAGGAUAUUACUCUCUGUGGACAUAAUGACUUCAGUGGAAUAGUCUACCACCAGUGACCUAAUAUUAGAAAAGCAACAAAUGAAAAUAGCACUUUGAAUUCAAAAAUUAUAUUGUAAUUAAAGUAUGUAUGUAAAACACUCAGUUUAAUUAGGAUAUAUAGUAGUUAAGAAUUUUAAAUCCCAGUUAAGAGAUACAGUAGUUGAGGUGAAAAUAAAAAGAAAGAAUUAAUAUAAAAAACUAAAUCAGUAAUGUUUGCAAUUUUGAAAUUACUUAAAAAACACAAGUAAAUACAGAAUGCCAAGUUAAUUUUUACUUACGGUUUACUUACAAUAAAAAAUAUAUAAAAAGUUUAAUGUAUGGAAUCUGAUUUUACAAAAUUUAAAAAGAGGAGGAGUUAUGACAUUAAGUGAGAACUAAACCUUAACAACUUGAAGAAAUUCAUGUUUUUUAUAUUUGGAGAAAGUUGAAAAUUAUAAAUUGUCUUUUCACAUUUAAUAUUAAUUGUAGAUUGAUACUACAAAUAUUGGUGCAUUAACUAAUUCAGAACUUGACAGCUUGGGAGUAGUGGCGAUGGGCGAUAAGCAUACACUUCGUAGCAAAUGUAGACCAACAGGAACCUUAUUAUCGCAGCUCAUAUCUGGGCAGGAAGGUAUGAAAAACCAAGGCUUUCGUGGGAAAAAAAGAAAACCUACGGGCAGCAAAAAGUUUGUGUGUUUGGCCGGACCAUCUAUGAAAUAUGCACCAACAAUGGCUGAAAAGCAAAUUUUGUCUGAAGCUGGUCUGGGUGAAAAGAAUUUAAGUAUAAAAGAUUCAAACCUUUCACCCAGUCAGUUGAAAGAUAUUGUGUUGGAAUUGUUCCCAAAGCUGGAAGAAGCUGGAGGAUAUGAACUCCUUUAUUGCUCCGGAAACAAUCGGGUUCUGUUACCGAUAAAUGGACCAUACACCCCAAGGAAUAUUAAAGAAAGAACCGGACAAGGACGUAUUUAUAUUCGGCCUAUCCAGAAUGAACUGAAUAUAGAUUCGCAACUGUAAGUACAAACAUAACAAUUGCAUUUGGUUUUGUCAGAAAAUUAUUACAGAAUG